AUGAUUCACCGGGUGCGUAUACUACGUUUGUUGAGGGCCAAGGGGACCAAAGCUUUGAGGAAAGCACGGCAAAUGAGCAAGCUGAGCAUUGAGGAGCGGAGGCGCCAAACCCUUGCUCCACAGGCAUCGGAUCCAGCAGCUGCUACAGUGCAUGUUGCUGAGAGCUCCAGCGCACAGGCCGCUGGCAAAAUCAGUCCUAGUGCGAAUGCAGGCACACUGAUUGAUAGCAUUGAUACGGCAGAGGCAGAGGUCACCCCUUCCAUCAGUUCAUGCCAGGCACAGCAGAGUGCUGCCUGUAAUGCAAAGAUUGACCGUCCUGCUGGCAUUGAUUCCAGCGAUGCUUUUCAGCCACAGCCACAGCCGGAGCCACCACAGCAUGGCACCCAUGUCCGGAAGCAGAUUGACAUCAAUGUGGGUGCUAAGGCUAAGGCUGUUGAUGCCAGUCAACCAUGUCAGCUGGAGACAAGUUCUGCCACCAUUGGUCCUACCCUCUUGGAUGAUUCCGCUGCUCCAGCUUCUAUGGAUGACCCAACCACAACUUCGGACCAGCAGACUCAACACAAUGCCAGACCGGAAACUGAAUCAAGCACCAACAGGCCCAAAAAACAGUUGAGCAAGAACGAUUCAGCAGACUCUGCUCACUCUAAUCACUCUGGCCUUUCAGCUGCUCUGUCACACUUUUGCAAGGACUUUUUGGCUGAUGAGACUGGUGAGACUGGUGGUGAUAAAGCAAAGCCUGCAACACCAAACGGUGGUCCUGAAAUCCAACAUGUAAAGCCCAUUGGGUUUGUGGAUGGCAUGGACGGCAUCAAUGAAGCAUUUGGCUUCUGGGACCAUGCCCUUGAUGUUCUGGUCCAAGGUCAAGAUGAGGAUGAUGCUGUCAACACACUGGAAGGUUUAGCAAACUCUUUGCAGGAAGACUCCCUAUCCACGGCAUUUUCUGGAAUUAGAUCACCAGAAACCGCAAUGGCUCUUUUGCGAAAUCGGCUCAGCUCAAGGCUUGGCAGGGAAGUUGCAAAUCAGAAUGGUCGCUUGCAGCACUCAAUUGAGUGGAACUCCCAUUCUCAAGCAGAAUGUAUUGUGGGUGCAGAUCUGGAUGACAGCUGCGUGUUUGGUGACAUAGCUCAAUUCUACGUGGAGUCCAUUCGUUCAAACGUCUUGCCAGAACUUCUGAACCAUCCAGCUAUGGCCAUUGCGGCCCUCACCCCGCUCAUUAUGUACUACUACCUCCACAAGUUUGGCCAUGUUGCGGACAAGCUGCUCCCAAUCCCGAAUGAAUUGGACCAGGAGUUGAAGUGGGCUCAGGGAAGGCCACAAAGUCAAGCUGCUUCCUGGGAGCCCUUGUCAAUGACAAGUGAUGAUGAGCCCUUUUUGAGUGCGCUCACUUGCAGUGAAGAGCGCUACAGACUGCCCUAUGCAGCUGAGCAUCCACAGCAAGCAUGGCAGCUCAACCAGAACCCAGAUGCUGGUUUUGGUGCUACUUGA